CGAUUUCGUUAAUCACUCGUAUGAUUACAGACUGAAUUGGACUCCACUCAGUCCUAUUACCAUUAUUAAUUGACAUAAAUUCCAAACUUGCACUAUUGCAAAGCAAGGAAAGUCCGUAAAUAAGGGUUCUUUCCCAAUUCAGUAGCAGAUCUAGGGAAGGGGCCUGCCCCCCUUAUUCUGGGUAAAAAAAGAAAAAAAAUCACUGAAGGAAGAAUAGCCAUGCCAGCAGGGCAAGCAAAACAAAACCUGAAUCAAAACAAGGUCUGGAUCCGCCACUGCAAUUAUCUGGUGUUAGUCGAAGAAAAAAGCACGAAAUAACAAGAUCAAAAAUUAUGCAUUCUAAGACUUAGACGUGAAAGUGUUUGGAGGGUCUUCUGAAUGCCCUUUCAUAUCUUUGGACUAUUUGUAUGUAUGUUCAUGAUGUCUUCAAAAAUCCAGGUACUCCCUUGUGAAACAUUUCUCACCUUUGAUGCAGAAAAAGUAGCCAGAUAUAUUUCUUUUAUCAAUCAACAAUACAAGGUUCUGAAAUUGUUACAUCUUGGGUAGGAGUAGACAUAAAACUGAGGCAUGCUGCAUAGGAUGUAUUCUGGUAACUUUCAGGUUUCUAAUUUUCAGUUUCCAACUAACAUCCCGUCCCCUCAACNGCCCCCCUCCCUCCCAACUCCGAUCCCACCGCAGAGGGCUAAAAGAAAAUUAAAGAAGGCAAGUGUGUGAAAACAUGAAGAUACGUGCUUGAUGGAGACUAGUUUCACACGGACUACGUGUGAUUGACUUUCUUAUCGGACCUUUUAAGCGAAUAAACCUUGGUAAAUACCGUGUUGGCGCAAAACAUACAAUUAAACACCAUGUUGACAUUGUCAAACCGGCGCACGUGAGCAAGAUAUUUAACCGUAUAUGGGCAUCUAGCGACGACGCGAAAGCCCCAGAUAAAUGUUUCUUCCCUAAAACACGAAACUGAGAAAUCAAAAGAUUAAAUUAAAAGAAAUCUAAAGAAAUACUCACUUUGUACAAGACAUUUCGUGUCGUUCAUGAUCACUCUUCAUCAUAUCCCACAUCCGGUCAAUCCGGUCCAGGUGGAAUCACCGCAAAAUUUUGACGGUCAGCAGUCAGUCUCCCAAAAUUUAAGUAUAAGCGCUAUUUUGAUUGGUCAAAAUGUCCCUGACGUCACGGAGAAGGGCUUUAUUCCCGCCAUUUUGAGUGUCUGUGUUCGAACAUUUUGCCAAUGUAGCUUACUUCGACCAAGAAAGUAUGGCGGCCUCAAAAAUCUCCCUCGACAAAGACGCUUUUUUUCGACGAAUCAAAAGGAUUUACGACGCCUGGAAGAAAGAGGAAACGACGGAAGACAAUGGAGCUGCAUUUCCAAGCGUUGACGCUGUUGUGAUUGCAGUGGGACAAGAUGAAGAUGUUAUUUACAGUAAAUCGACGGCAAUACAGGUAAACCAUUUCAACGCAAUAUUGGUUUUGACGGUCACAUGGCAAGGGGCAUGGAAUGUCGAUCAUUUAAUUACAUUGUACAUGACGUACAUUCUAGAGUGGCGAAUGAAAUGGGGGAAGACAGUGGGUGUUUUUGUGAAAGAUAAUUUCCAGGGACAAUUUCUGGAUGAAUGGAAGACUGCAUUUGAGAAAGAAUCAUUUGAGAAGGUUGAUAUCAGCAGUGCUGUAGCUUAUGUUAUGUCCGUAAGAGAGGAACAUGAACUUACCUAUGUCAAGAAAGCUGCACACGUUUCUUCAGAUAUUUUUGUUAAAUACUUCAAGAAGCAAAUCAUGGAAAUUGUAGAUGAUGAAAAGCGAGUCAAGCAUUCUAAAAUUGCGGAUGGAAUAGAAGGAGCUUUGGAGUCCAAGAAAUUUUUACAACCUGGCAUGGAUGCUGACCAAGUUGAGAUGUGCUACUCUCCCAUUGUGCAGAGUGGGGGAAAAUUCACACUCAAGUUUAGCACAGUCAGCAAUGAAGAGAAGCUACACUAUGGUACAAUUAUCUGUUCACUUGGUGUUCGUUACAAGUUCUACUGUUCCAACAUUGUCAGAACAAUGUUGUACGAACCAUCACAGGAGCAGCAAGACAACUAUGAUCUUCUGCUGGGAACUUUCGAUAUAAUUUUGGACAAGUUAAGACAUGGCGAAGAAUUUUAUACCCAAUUUCCAUUCAGAGUGAAGCCAUCCAAUGUUGCCUACAAACAUCCAUCCUUAGUUCCAAGAGAAAAUGAUGUCAGAGAACACAAAAUAUUUGUUGACAAGAAAUACGAAGCAGUUGUUUUGCCACUGUUUGGUGUGGCUACUCCAUUUCACAUAUCAACCAUCAAGAAUAUCAGCUCGAGUGAUGAAGGGGGAUAUACCUACCUUCGAAUUAAUUUGUUUUGUCCAGGAAGUGCUGUAGGUCGUUCUGAAGGAAGUCUCUUCGCACAACCUGAGGCCACCUUUGUGAAAGAAGUUAACUACCGAAGUUCAAACACCAAACCCCAUGGAGCAUCUCAGCCGCCAGCCUACAAUCUAAGCACGGCGUUUCGAUUGAUUAAAGAAGUACAGAAAAAAUUUAAAACGAGAGAGGCUGAAGAGAAAGAGAGACAGGGCGUUGUACAGCAAGGUAACCUUAUUUUAAACCCAAACAAAGGAAAUCCCAAACUGAAAGACUUGUACAUCAGACCGAGUAUCACACAAAGAAGAUCACCGGGAACUUUAGAAGCGCACACGAAUGGUAAGUACGCUCGUUUUGAUUGCUCUUCAGACUUAAAUUGUNUCGACAUGGUGUUUGUGUUCAAAGACUACAAACGUAAAGUGGAACACGUGAACGCCAUACCGAUGACGUCGCUUGAUUCCGUCAAAGACUGGUUAAAUUCAUGUGAUAUUAAAUACACGGAAGGAAUCCAGAGCUUGAACUGGGCCAAGAUCAUGAAGACGAUUAACGAGGAUCCUGAAGCGUUUAUUGAGAAUGGUGGAUGGAGUUUCUUGGAUCCAGACAGCAGCGUAAGUUUCUGUUGCGAUAACUGCGACUGUCUUAUAUAACACAAGGGUUUCAUCCACAGACUUCAAAGUUAGAACCACCUUGAACAGCGUGAUAAACAGUACCGCAUGAACGAACUGCAUAAUAGCUUUUAU